UCUCCUUAAUCACUGCCUGACAGCCUCCACCGCCGCCGCCGUCGCCUCACUCCGUCGCUCUUUCUAAGAAUCCUAAGAGCCGUGAGUCCUGCUUAGGAACUCCCCGAGGUUCCUUUGUGUCCUGCGCGGCGCUGAAGGAUCAUGGCGAGUUUGAUCCUACGCUGACUUUCUCUUAGUGUUUGAUUGUGUUUGUGUUGCGUGUGUAGGGAGUGUUGUGUUCGUGUGUGUUGUGGUUGUGUUGUGUUCGUACUGAGUGGAAUGUUUUCUGUUGGUGUUCUGCUUUGCGGGUUGAAAAUGAGAGCGGCGCUGGCAGAAAACGAAGUCCACACACUGAAGGAACAACUCGAGAACGUCAAGUGCCAGAAAAUCGUCAAGGAAAGCAACAACAACAACAGCAACAACAACAACAACAUCAACAGCAGCACCAGCCCCAGCAUCCUCAACAACAACAACAACAGCAUCAAUGGGAACAGCCUGAGUAGCAGCAUCAACAGCAUCAACAACAACAACACAACCUCCACCACCACCACUACCUCUUCUUCUGCCUCCUCCUCCUCCUCCGCCUCCAUCUCCGCCUCCGCCGCGACCACCACCACCACAACCACCACCUCCACGUCCGAGACAGGAAGUGAACUGGUUGACUCGUCUGAGGUCAGCGAGAGACUGGGUAGAAAGACCCCCAUGGAGGAGAUCAUAAUGUCGAAAGAAAAAGAGGUACGUGGAGCUUCGAUACUCAGCUCUGCCACAUCUCUCUCACUUAAAGAAGCAGCAGAAGUGUCCAAGCUGAUUGAGGACAUUUCUCGGCUACAGGCGGCCCUCUCCGGCGUGAAGGAGGCCUCGGCGGCACAGAUGCACGCCAUGGAGGAGCAACUCGAGCAGAAGAACAGACUCAUUCACCGCCUCGAGUUGAAGCUUGAGCACUCCAGCCUCGAGGAAGUGAAGAGAGAUUUCCAUCAUGUUGAGGAGGCGUGGCUCAGACCCUCCGUUCACCCACAUACCUCCUGGCCCCCGUUCGACCCCCACCGCGCCACCUGGCCCCACCUGGACGCCACUAACGGACCCGCGAGCCACCCCCACACAAGGAGCAUGCGUGAUGGUCGUCUGGGCCCGGAAGGACUCGCCCUGCCCCCCCGCUCCCUGGAAAGCCUUUUGGCCGAUCGCAGCAAGCCCGACCACGAGCUCAAGAUCCCGACUUCGGAGUUCGGAAAGCAGAUGCACGAUGUCUAUGGACAACUCCCCCACAUGGGCCCGACACACCUGCACCCCCCUCUGAGGCCGCACUUCCCCCCACCCCUCGCCCCGCCCCCCAUGGCCUCUCCCCUGCCCCCCCUCGGCGCCCACCCCCCGCCCGGCACCCCCCUCCACCACCUGUUUGGGGAGGAGUGGAGGCGUUCGCUGGAGAGGUCGGCCCAGGAGCGUCACCAUAUGAAUUCAGCAGGCCAGAUGUCUCCGGAUAGCGGCGGCGGGGUCGUUGAGAGGUCAGACUCCCGAGACUCUCCGCUGGGCGACGUGAACAUGAAAAGUCCGUCGUCUCUCGUCAACGGGUUCCCGCAUGAGACCAAGAGCCCCUUCCAGCCCAGGGACGACCGCUCGCCCUUCAAGGAGGAGAUCUCGCCCUUGGCCUUCAAGUUCGAGGACAGGAUUACCGGGGAGUCUCUCAUACCCAAGGGCGACCCGAUGGAAGCUCGCCUGCAGGAGAUUCUGAGAUUCAACAUGGAGAAAUACUGUCAACAAAACCUGGAUACCUUGAACCUCGCGCGCCGUGUCCGCGAGCUUCUGUCCAUUCACAACAUUGGACAGAGACUCUUCGCUAAGUACAUCCUCGGUCUGUCACAGGGCACAGUUUCCGAGCUCCUGUCGAAACCGAAGUGCUGGGACAAACUCACGGAGAAAGGCCGAGACUCCUACCGCAAGAUGCACGCCUGGGCAACGGACGAGAACGCGAUAUUCCUGCUGAAGUCCCUCAUCCCCAAGAAAGCGUGCCGUAGGAAACCCGAUGCUUGCCUGAUGCCAAAUGGUCAGUACUCAACCUCGUCCUUGUGGCCUACUACUAGGACCUGUAUCAGACCUGUUUACUUGAUCGUCAACCCUCACUCAGUACAUAAGGGAUGCUAAAGGGACGGUAAAGUC